CAUGGAGACAACAAAACAGCAUCAGCAGCAAAUUAAAAUCUAAAGAGAUAAAACCCCACUACAGCAAAUUUAUAAAAAAAUUUAAAAAAAAAUAUAUAUAAAAUUUAUCUCUAAAAAAUGAAAAGAGUAUAAAAAAAGAGUGUGUAUAAGUGUAUGUGUGUUUUAAAAAAAAUGUUCUUCAAUAAAAAAUGUAAAGUGAAAAGUAAAUGUUUAUAGGGCUGUGUUCAAUGUAUACUUUAAAUUAAAAUAAUUAAAAAAAAAUUUCAAAAAAAAUUUCAAAAAAUUAAAAAAAAAAUGAAAUUUUUAUAAAAUCUUCAUCUCCAAAACCCUUAAACAAAAUUUGCCACACAAAAAAAAUUAACCAAAACUUCUUUAACAACUAACAACAACAACAUCAACUCUUUUCUACAGAAACUUUAUACUAUUGCUGCUCUUCUCUCUCUCUCUCUCUGUCACGCCUCCCCCCCCCUUUAAAUUUCACACCUUCUUGUUACAUCAAACAAUGGCUUCUUCGUUAUUGGAUUUAGAUGAUUUAAUAGAAUUUCAAUUGGAACGUCUUAAUUUUGAUGAUCUCAACUAUAAAGAUGAAUUACAAUUACAACGUCAACUUUUGGAUUUGGAUGCUUUACAGUGCUCGCAACGUCGUCUCAAACAUACCCUAACAAAAACUUUAGCCAAUCAACAACAUCAGGCUUUACAGGUACCGGAGGCCUCAUCAUGCACAGAUUUACCCUCCUCACUGGCGGCUGGUGGUGAAACUUUAGGUCCUUCACCACAUCAUCACAAUAAUAGUAAUAACAAUAAUAAUAAUAAUAACAACAACCAUAGCAGCAGUAGUACAGGUGCCAUUGCCCGCAGCAGUAGCGGUCGUCGCUCUAAGGGCCGUGAUGUGGCGCCAGUGGGUGGUAGUGUUCAAAAUAUUGCCAAUGGUAGUAUAGAAAUAGCUAUGGAAGAUUUAGGGCCCGGUGCGGUGGGUGGUGAGAAUGGUCGUGGUGUGCUGCGCGGCAAUAUUAGUUUGCCUAGUUUUAGUGAUAGUGAGGAGGAGGCCUUCAACAUAGAUCAACAAAAGGAAUUUAGAUCACUGGUAAUUGAAUGGUUUCAACAGCUACGCGCCAGAACUGAAGAUUUCAAAUCCGAUGAAGAAUCGAGAAGAAUGCGAGAAGCCGGCAAUGAUUCCUAUCGUAAAGAACGACAUGCACUUAAAGCAUGUGACCUCUAUACGGAAGCAAUAUUUUUGGCGCCAUCACAAGAUAGUAUAGCAGCCGCAAUGGCGCACGCAAAUAGGUCCACAGUAUUGCAUGACUGCGGCAUGUAUGAGCAAUCCUAUGAUGAUUGUUUAUGCGCCUUAGAUUUAGGCUAUCCGGAAGAGUAUCAUCCAUUGAUAAAACUGCGUCAAGCCUCUUGUGCCUUAAAAAUGCGUAAUUUUUCUUUAUGCGAACAACAUUUGCAUGAACUCUUACACAUGGAACUCUCGGAAACCUUUGAAGCACGCACCCACGAGCUGUGGCAUGAAUGUGAAGUACAAAAAGCCGAAAAGAUUGAGAUGGGUGUACAAACAGACAACGAUUUAAUAACUAAUGGUACUAAAAUCUAUGAAGUGGCUUGGUUGGACAAUACUAAUGUUAUAACAACAACAAAAAGCGCCUAUCUUAGAUCCAUUGCUGAUAUACCCAAUAAUACACCCAUAUUUCAAGAGGAAGCCGCCGUUUUUGUGCCCAGUGGCGCAGCACGCAUAUGUGAUCACUGUGGCGUCACACAAUUCGUACCGUUUCCAUGCAUUUUUUGCUCUAAUCGUACAGCCGUCUACUGUUCACGCAAGUGCCGUGCGGCACACGCUUCCAUACAUGCUCUCGAAUGUUAUGCCCAUCAGAUCGAACUUUUCGAAGAGUUCGGUGUUGAGUUCUCAAAGCCACGCCUACUACAGCUCGCCUUUCGCAUGCUCAUCAACGGCCUACCUCAGGUGGUGCCACACUGUCGCAAAAAACCCACGGUCAGCAAGAUGUGGAAUGCCUUCAAUAGCAUACUGACCGAACGCAAUUGCAACUCUUCGUCCGCCUCGCUAGCUGCCUCCUCCACAUCGUACUCUGCCCUAUUGCGUUUAGAAUCCCACUUAGAUAAGGAGGAAAAGCCAAGUAUGGUUUCUUUUGCCAUUGUCGCACACAUACUUGCCAUCUAUUUGGGCGAGUACACCGACUUUUUCGAACUACUCGAGCUGACAAUGCCCGCAGCAGCAAAGCUAGCGCGUCAGGAAUGGGAAUUGCUCGCGUCCGCUUUGCUGUUGCGUCACAUUUGCCAGUUGCGGCACAAAAAUCUCGUUCACUGCCCAUCCUUUGUGCUGCCCUCCGAUCCGCACGUACUCUCGCCCAACGAUGAGUUUACCCUGUGGGAAACGGUGCGUCAUGUACGUCGCGGUUAUUUACAUCUAAUAGCCGGUGAUGUAACGACUGUAGCGUAUGCCGUAUUCCCCCAGACCCUUAGUCACUGUCGUCACUCCUGUGUCGAUAUGAUCUAUCGCAAGAUCAACGGUUGCAAGCUGACCGCCUAUGCCACAAGUGAAAUACCAGCAGAUGCUUGCAUUUGCAAUUGUUUUGUUAGUGGGAACUAUCGACAAUCGCUGUACAGUCAACGUAAAUUGGAACUGGCAACACGAGGCAUUGAUUGCAAAUGCGAAAAAUGUUUUCGUCCAUAUCCUGAUGAGGAUUUUCAUAAAUUUCAUCGUUACCGCUGUGAUAAUCCGAAUUGCAAACAAAUCUUUACACCAUCAAAUCUUAAACGCACCCGUAAUCUACAAUGGUGGAAAUCCGAUUAUUAUCGAAGACCCGAAAAUAAUGGUUCCGAAUUGCUAGUUUGUACCGAAUGUGAACAGACCCAAAAACUCGAAUGGUUUUGGACAUUCACCGCUGCCCUGAUGGACUGUGAUACAAUUGAGGAGCGUUGCAAACUAUAUGCGGCGAUUGAACGAGCCGAUAAACAACUCGUCGAUACACACGAAUUGAAAGUGGCACUAGCACGUCAAUUAGUCGAACAAUGUUUGUUAAUACACAGAGAGGGUUCAAAACAACUCGAUGAAUGGGAGCUUAAUAAAUUGGGCUCUAUUAUGCGUAGUGCUUUGCAUAUAGUAUCGGCCCAAUAUCGCACCUUUAGCAUUGAAUAUGUUCAAUAUAUGUCGUAUUUUUGGGAUGUUAUGGCUUUAAGCAAUUAUAAGUGCGGUGAUAAGGAACUUAUGCAAAUGUUACAUGCCCUCGAAUAUAUACCCGAUGAGUACAAGGAGAUCUUUAUUAACUAUUAUGAAGACUAUAUAGCACCAAAAUUUAUGGAAGAAACCUAUGGCAAUAUACUGGAUACAGAGGUGUAAAGGUAAUUGACACUCACACACACACAAUCCCAAACACAAAAUUUAAAAGGAACUACAAACAACAACAACAACAACAACAAAAUAAUAUGAAGUACUCCCUCCCUAGUUAAAGAUAACUUUACUACAACAAAUUUAAGUGUAAACUGUAUUUAAACUUGAUAAGAAAUAUUUAAAUAAUUAACUAAAUUAAUGAAGCUAAAAGUGAAUAAUUAGGGAUAUAAUGAGUUAAAAAGAAGACAAUUUUUUUUUUCUAAUUUAUAAAAAACACACCUUAAGAAGGCGGAAAGACAAAUAUAUUUAGAAUCUCACUUAAAAAUUAUUAUAAAAAUUGGAAAUAUUUAUUAUUUGAAAGAAAAUAAAAAGGGGGCUGUAGAGGUUUAAUAAGUGUGCAGAAAGAAUUUCGAUUAGUUCAGCAAAACAAUGACCAACCAAAGGGAAUUAUCACGUUCGAGAUCGAGUAAAUUUUAUAACAAUUUUGAUCUGAGUGAAUUUUAUCGCAAUUUUCUCUUUUGAGAUUUUGUCUAAAAGGUCAUUAUUUCACGAGUGCGCUAAUUCGCUUUCUAUGUCCCAUUUAAGCCACUUUUAUACUCAAAUGAUUUUGAAAGAAGAUGGACUACUACAUAAGCUCUACUGUAGAUUAAGUAGUCCCUAGUCUAUUCAACAGAAUAUUUAGUCGCAUUACAUAUUUCUUAGCGAUUAGAAUAAAUUUAGAAUAACAGAGAAACACGAGAUAUGGAUGAAGUUAACCUAUUGAAGUCUUUGUCGUUACAACUUCUACAGAACUUCAAUUGCGAAAAGCGCUAUUAAAUACAAUAAAGACUAUAGUCUAAAGAUAAUAGGGACCUGAUUCUAAAGUCAAUAGGGAUUAUACCUUAAACAUAAUAUUAACCCUUAUACGGAAUAUAGUCUAAAAGUAUAAACACUAUACUAACUAUAGUCAGUGUACUCUGCAGAUUAUAGUCUGCAUACUAUGGAGUCAAUUGUCUGUAAGUUUUAGGGACUAUAGUCUGAUGUCUUAAGAAACUAGGCUAUAAAGACUAUAGACUGGUGAUUAUAGAGACUAAAGUCUGUUAGUUAUAGAGGCAAUAGUCUACCGACUAUAGAGACUAUAUUGUUAUGACUAUAGGGAUUAUAGUCUGCUGACUGUAUAAGACUAUGAAAUGUCGACAAUAGAGACUUAAAUCUAUUGACUAUUGAGACUAAAGUUUACUAACUACAGAGUCUAUAGUCUGCUGAAUACUAGUUCUAGUUCAGUUUUAUAUUAGUUCUAGUUAUU